GUGCGGUCUGGCUUGACUGUUUUCCGAAGUGGCGGCUGGCUUGACCGCAGUGCGUGGAGCAGCAGGAUCGGGUCAACACGCCAUUAAUAAGUCUGAACUCCUUACAGGAAGAAGAAGAAAUGGAUAAUAAUGUGUCAGAGUCUCUGCCAGAGCGGACCUUCCAGUACCAAAGCAGCCUGCCACCCUUGCCUGUCCCGCCACUAGAGAAGAGUCUUUCCAAGUACCUGGAUGCAGUUCAACCAUUCGCAUCUGAGGAAGAGUUUAAGGCGACAGUGGACAUUGUGAGGACAUUUCAAGAGGGUGUUGGCAAAGAGCUGCACCAGAAACUCCUGCAAAGAGCAAAGACAAAGAAGAACUGGCUGGAAGAAUGGUGGUUAGACGCUGGAUAUCUAGAGGUCCGCAUUCCCACUCAGCUGAAUAUGAACAUUGGCGGCCCGGGGCCCUACCUGGAGCACUGGUGGCCCCCGGAAGAGGGAACUCAACUGCAGAGGGCCAGUAUCAGCACAUGGCAUAUACUACAGUACUGGAACCUCAUCCGCACGGAAAGGCUGAAUCCCCAGAAGUCUGGCAAAAUACCAUUAGAUAUGGACCAGUUUAGAAUGCUUUUCAGCACCUGCAAAGUACCUGGAGUCGAGCAGGACACCAUUCGUAACUACUUCAAGACGGAGCGCGAGGGUCCAUGCCCCUCCCAUUUGGUAGUGAUGUGUCGUGGAAGGAUCUUCACAUUUGACGCAGUCUGUGAUGGACAAAUCCUCUCUGCUCCAGAGCUACUGAGGCAGCUCAGCUAUGUGAAGGAGUGCUGUGAUGGAGAGCCAGAGGGAGACGGAGUGGCUGCUCUCACGUCAGAGGAGAGGACUCGUUGGGCGCUGGCCAGGGAGCAUCUCAUUAACAUUGAUCCACACAAUGACACCAUCCUGGAGACCAUCCAGAGCAGCCUGUUCGUCAUUUCUCUGGAUGAAGCGAAGCCCUACUCCACUCCAGAGAACUACACAAAUUUGACCAUGGAAGUCCUCACAGGCAACCCCACCAUCCGCUGGGGGGACAAAUCGUACAAUUCCAUCUCGUUCGCAGACGGCACUUUUGGAUCCAAUAGUGAUCAUGCACCAUAUGAUGGCAUGGUACUGGUUUCUAUGAAUUGGUAUCUGGACCAGCAAAUCAAAGUUGCAGAAGGCAAAUGGAGGGGCUCAGACGCCGUCAGAUCCGUACCCCGUCCUGAAGAGCUGGUGUUUACUGUCAACGAAGAAAUCCUGAGAGACAUUAACCACGCCAAACGGCAAUACCUGGAGUCGACACAGGACCUGCAGAUGGUGUGUUACGCCUUCACGGCAUUUGGAAAAGCAGCCAUCAAACAAAAGAAGUUGCAUCCAGACACCUUUGUUCAACUAGCGAAGCAGUUGGCCUACCAUAAAAUGCACAAAAGGCCAGGAAGUUGUUACGAGACCGCGACGACUCGCACAUUCUACCACGGCAGGACGGAGACGAUGCGACCCUGCACCCAGGAGUCUGUGAACUGGUGUAAAGCCAUGAUGGACCCCACAUGUGAUGUUGAUGCCAAGAGGAAAGCCAUGCUGCUCGCCGCACUGAAACACAAAACACUGAUGGCUGAAGCCGAGAAAGGAGGAGGUUUUGACCGGCAUCUUUUCGGGCUGUAUCUGAUUGCCAAAGAGGAGGGACGACCCAUUCCAGACCUCUUCGUGGACCCUCUCUAUGCAAAAAGUGGUGGUGGUGGUAACUUUGUGCUGUCGACCAGUCUGGUGGGCUACACGACCAUUCUGGGGGCUGUGGCUCCCAUGGUGCACCACGGCUACGGCUUCUUUUAUCGUAUCAGAGAUGACAGGAUUGUGGUCUCAAUCUCUGCGUGGAAAUCUUGCCGUGAGACGGAUGCUGCGUCACUCUUCAACAACUUCAGUAGCUCCUUACAUGAGAUGCUCGUCCUGGCCACCACAUCUCAGUUAUAAUGGCAUGAUUCUUCUCAGCAAAAAUCAAUGCAAAGGAACAGAAUCGGGACUGUGAAGUGAUGGGCAUUAAAACACAUCGAGUAGA